AUGUGCACUAGUCUGAGUGACUUGUUUGCCUGCAUCAGGGCCCCGGCUAGUCCGGAGGCGGACACCACCAGCACCACCCAUCAGCGGAAUGAAGUUAACGUGGACGAUGAAACACCCGACCCUAGGAGGGAUCAGCCGAAGCAGCAGCAGGUUCUCUGCCAUAGGCAGGUGAUGCCAGUGGCUCAGGGUCUUCAGCCACUGCCACUUCCGUCUUCUUGGACUAGUAGCAUUCAACCUUCACCGGAGAACCUACAUGUCUCCUACGAGACCUUGGAGCGUUACGAUCAGAUUUUCGGACGUCCUGACCAAGUGCCCGGCCCAUUUGGCUCUGUCCGAAACAUUCCCGACCAGUUCUAGGCAGAAAUCUGUAAUAGAUUCUGUAGGCCUAAUGAAUUAUCUAUCUAUGCUUGAGUAUUAAACUCACAACUAAAGAUUUCCCAUUAAAAGGAAAGCGUUAG